CAUAUAUCAACACAUUGGGUUGAAUUUGGAGCUCGGUAGUUGGUGAAGGAAAACUACAGUCGGAGCUACGGCGGCGAAGCGCUUGAGAAGAAUCAGAGAAAUCCAAGAAAAAAUCUCGCUAGCCAUUUGAUAAUUUCAUGGAAGGUAUAGUAGGUUCUUCGCAAAUCGCAGGAAUCUCUACUCAUUGUAGACAAAAUGACUUUCAGCUUUCAUUUGUUCGUGCAUUUUCGUUGCGAUUUGAGCGAAGCCACCAUUUCAGAAUGAAGAACAAUUCGCAGUCGUUUGGCUCGAUCGUUGCUUCGGUUCAGCCGUUGGAAACCUCGGCGCCUAGCCGAUACGACAACACAAAGCCAUCAAAAGGGGUUCUGGGGCUGUGGAGAAGCACCAAUGCGGUGUGCUUUGAUGUCGAUAGCACAGUGUGCGUGGAUGAGGGUAUUGACGAACUUGCAGAAUUUUGUGGAGCUGGAAAUGCUGUCGCGGAAUGGACGGCAAAGGCAAUGAGUGGUUCAGUACCUUUUGAGGACGCCUUGGCUGCCAGACUAUCCUUGUUUAAUCCUUCCCUUUCCCAAGUGCAGGAAUUUCUUGAAAAGAGGCCCCCAAGACUUUCACCCGGUAUAGAUGAGUUGGUCAAGUUGCUGAAGGCUAAUAAUACUGAGGUUUACUUAAUAUCUGGAGGCUUCCGUCGCAUGAUCAAUCCUGUUGCGUCAAUCCUUGGUAUACCACCAGAAAACAUUUUUGCAAAUCAACUGUUGUUUGGAAGUUCUGGGGAGUUUCUUGGUUUUGACAAAGAUGAGCCCACUUCACGAAGUGGAGGAAAAGCGAAGGCAGUGCAACAAAUAAGGAAGGUUCAUAAUUACAAGACACUAGUCAUGAUCGGGGAUGGAGCAACAGAUCUUGAGGCCCGCCAACCUGAAGGUGCUGACUUGUUCAUUUGCUACGCGGGUGUUCAACUUCGAGGCGCUGUUGCAGAAAACGCUGACUGGCUUGUUUUCAAUUUCAAAGACCUGAUAAGGUCCUUGGACUAGCCUCUGAAUUCUUCCUCAGGCCUACUACUCUAUUCUUUGUUCUUCUUUUCCAGUCGCUCGAAUGCUGGCAUUAUAGAGUAGAACUAUUCUUGCUUGUGUAAGAUGAUAUAUUUAUCUCUCUUUCAUAUAACGGAAGUGUAUAAAAACUCAAUAAGAAAUCCAUAAAAAGCGAGUAUUUGGUGUUUCCAGCGCUGUAAAUGCAACUUGCUUGCCCUUUUUUGGUUAUUGGAGUAUAUUUCCCAAUGUGGAUAGAUUUCCAAUCAAUAUUUUGCUGUU